AUGCUUUCGGUGGAACUAGAAUGGAAGAAGAGGUUACUAUGCAUUGUGAUGCUUCGCAAGAUGAGUCUGCGGGCUCGGAGGAGCCAUGUCACAAUCGAAACACUGUUAUCGAUAUCUGCAUCGGAAGAGCUGAUCGAUCCUGUCCAUUGGCCUGAUAACCUGAAUAUUCCGUCUAUGAAGAAUCGCUUUUCGCGCUUGUCUGCGCCAGUGCGGCUAUCAAGCACAUCGAACUUCAGCCCCUCCAAAACUGCAUUGGCUGGCCACGAUUGUGUGAGAUCUCAAGUGGCAACCGCACCUAUAGCUCGCGGAAUCACGUUCGAAAGAGCGGCUGCAAGAGCAAGGGAGACGACGAUGCGCUUGGCUCAGGUCGUGAGGAUGGGUCCGAUGGCUGUCGUCGAUGUGAAGAAAGAGGAAGGACAGAUUGACAGCGAGGAUAUUGCAGAACGUCAGAAGAUCAGAACUUUCAAGCGCGGUUUCAAUACUUUCAACAAAGAAUACCCUGACGAUAGCAAUCUCAAAGUCAAUGCCUGGAUGGAUAGACACUUCGAGCUUGACGACCACGCUGUCGCUGUGACUGCUCCUGGCUCCGGAAAGCACUUGACUUUAUAUCACAUUAACAGCUCUGCCCCUCUCAAGACCCCCGACGAAGCAGUCAAUGUUCCUAUAUCGCCGAAUACUGCUGUGCCUGCCACUGAAGAUCAAAUGGUAGCAACGCGACGAGCGCAGGCAAGCGCGACCCCUCCGACAACGCCGUCAGCAGAACGACACUUGGAUAUUCAGUCUGCUCCUGCUAGCACAAAGAAGAUGAGCAAGGAGCUGCGUCGGUUGACCAUCGAUGCGAAUCCCAGCCUUGGAGGAGCCUCUGCUUCAUCAUCGUUAGCAUCAGCAGCAAAACGUGGCACGCGGCGCAGCGGAAUGAUGCGACAGGAAUUGCUGGCAGACGAAACUCAGUCUCUACCAGACACAGCACCGCUGCACUUGCUGCCUGAUGGAGGAGUCUUGCUCACCCCGUCACCAUCAGAUUCGCCAAACUCUCCACAUGUCGUUGUCGCGACUGAACGAGUCCUAUCUCCUCCGCCUGUGACACAACCGCAGACUAGCAACCCACAACCCUCGACAGAAUCGCCUGCUCUCACUGCAAAAUCUGCUGGCAAACGUAAAAUCACCCAGUACUUUACUGCUGUCCCACAACAACAAAAGAACAACAAGCGUCGCAAGGUUGAUCACGACCAUCUCGAUCCACCUACUCUGCAAAACACCGCCAGCGCACCCGAGCCACCUGUGGCCGCACCUGCUACACUACCAACAGCUGCCAGUGCUCCUGAGCUCAAGUCGGAGGCUGUCCAAGAGUCGGAUCAAACCACAUCAAAUCAUGUCGCGGAUUCGGUCAUGGUGGACAAUGUCGUACAAGCCGUACACGUACCGCAACAAGACAAGGAACCCGACAAGCCAAACGACACAGAUCAAGAGCAGCUUUACAUCACGGCAGAAGAAGGUCAUGACCAAGAAGAUGCAAAGAAGAAGGAAGAAGAAGAGAAAAAGGCCCUCAAGAGGGAACGAGAGUUGAAACGUCUGGAGAUUGAUGCAAAACCUGCUCUGAUCGACAAGCGCUCAAGGAGACAAACAACUCUUCCACCAGCGCGACCAGCCGAUCAAGACGCGAAACCUGCAAAACGUCAACGAGCCAGUCUGCCUGCUACUGCUAUUGCUGGUCCUUCGAGCGCGGCUGCCAAUUCGACACAAGAACCUGCACAUGUACCCGAAGAAGUCAUUGAGGAAGUCCCCGAUGUCAAUUCCAUCGCACAAGCCUUGGCUGUACCACCAGAACCAAAUCCUCCAGUCUUUCCAGCAGGCACUGAUCCAAAAUUACUUGCAUCAGGCGAAGUCAAUGAUGAAUGGUUGACCAAAUGGCUUGGCUAUGUUGCCCAUAUCACUGGCGACGAAGACACAUCCAGAAUUCUCACCGAAGAAGACGCCAAAGAACUCAUCAAACCGGAUCGCAGCGACGAAACUCAACAGGAUCGACAAAAGCGAAUCAGCAAUGAACUGGACAUGGUCGCUGGAUGGAAUGUUGUCGAGCAACAACAAGAAGCUGCUCAAUCCAGUCCUGAAGCAGAUCCUGCUCCCGUCAAACCUCCGGUAAAGAAGAAAAAGCAGAGAUUUAAUCCUAAACCAAAAGGUCAACCUUACAUCCCAAAAGCAAAGAGAAAGGCUCAAGAGCUUGCGGCGAAGAAAAUGGCCAAGAAGAAGGCUGAAGCAGAGGCUGCUGAAGCCAGACUCGCUCAACAAGCUCAAUCAGCACAAGAAAUCCAAGAGCCUCAAGAGGCGACAUUGAAUGGAGCGACAGCUGAGAAGGAGACAGAAGCUGCACCUGAAUCGAUCCCUGAGCGGCCAGCUGCGGUGCAAGAUGCAGAGGCUUCGACGGACUGGUUGACCGAUCUGAUGAACGCUACUGAGCCGAUUGUGCCUGAAGAAGAACAGGCAAAGAAGACGAAGAAAAGUGCCAAAGGAAAAGGCAAGGCCAAGGUCGUUUGA